UUGCUCGAUUUCUGUAGCUCGACAGCAAUCCUACUUGAAUUUUAUAUUCAUCCACUAGAAUCUCCAACUCAACUAUGAAUCUAUCCAACUGUAAGUUCUUUCAUCCAAAGUAAUCUCAAAUCUGUGCGGUUCUUCUUUUCCAGUACACUUCGACUUUUUUCUUCAUAAGAUUUCAUCUUUUCAUCUAGCACUUUUUUCAAAGAGGAGAAACCAUGAUGGCUCUGGCAUUGAUUGGAGAAUCACUUCUCUCUGCUGUCAUUGAGGUUUUGGUCGACAGGAUAGCCUCCUCAGAGGUUAAGGACUUCUUCAAAAGGCAAAAGCUUGACGAUGGACAGCUGAGGAAAUUGGAGUCUACCAUGAGAUCAGUUGGCAAACUUCUCAAUGAUGCAGAGGAGAAGCACAUUACUCAUCCAGCUGUGAAAGGGUGGCUCGACGACCUCAAGGAUGCUCUCUACCAAGCUGAUGACUUCUUGGACGAGAUUGCUUAUAAAGCUUUGCAAUUGAAGUUUGAAGCUGAACGUCAAAGUGAGACCUUCUCAGAUCAGGUGCGGAGCUUCCUCAUUUCCCUUAUUCCAUGUAAGAAGGGGAUGGGAGAGAUGCCACCGAAGUUCGAAAAUAUCCUUCCGAUGCUUCAAGACUUGUUGCAACAACAGGGUGUCCUUGGUUUAGUAGAUAGCGUUGGAAGAAGACCACUUCUGCCAUCACAGAGAAUACCAACAACUUCUCUGGUAGAGGAAUCUGAUUUUGUUGGCAGGAAGGAAGACUGGGAAAAUAUAAUGGCAUUGCUGCUGCCAGACGACGCUGAAGGAAGACAACUAGAUGUGGUUCCAAUUGUGGGUAUGGGCGGGAUGGGUAAAACCACCCUUGCUCAGCUUGUCUGCAGAAAAAUCGAACUCUUAGAAGACAGAAAUGGGACGAAGUUGUUUGAUCUCAAAGCAUGGGUCUAUGUGUCAGAAGAAUUUAAUAUUCUCAAGGUUACAAGAGAUAUUCUCAAGCAGGUCGGCCUGCCGAAGUGCGAUAAGAUGACUGAGAAUCAGAUUCAUAGCGAGCUAGAGAAAAAAUUGAGGGGGAACAGGGUUUUGGUUGUUUUAGAUGAUGUUUGGAGUGAGGAUCAAGCGGCCUGGGAUUUUUUGCUGAAACCUUUCAUGUCUGUGAGAAAAGGAAGUAAGAUCUUAGUCACGACACGCAGCGGAACUGUAGCAUCAGUCAAGUCUACUGUUCCAUCUCAUCGUUUGCAGAGCUUGUCCGAUGAUGACUGUUGGCUGGUGUUGGCAAAAGUUGCAUUUGAUGGAGGAAAUUUCAGAGCAUAUCCAGGGUUGGAAGAAGUUGGUAGAGAAAUAGCAAAUAAGUGUAGCGGCCUACCUCUGGCUGCAAAAACACUUGGAGGUCUCCUGAGAUCCAAAAGAGAAGGCGAGGAAUGGAGGAAAAUAUUGGAAAGCAAUUUGUGGAAUUCACCAAACGACAAAGUCCUUUCAGCUCUACAGUUGAGUUAUCAUUGCCUGCCAUCGUAUCUAAAACAAUGUUUUUCAUAUUGUGCGAUUUUUCCCGAAGGCUAUGAAUUCAACAAGAAAGACCUGAUCCUUUUAUGGAUGGCAGAAGGCUUUCUAGUUCAACCCGGAGGAAAUCAGGAGAUGGAAGAAAUAGGGGCUGAGUUCUUCGAUGAUCUUGUAUCGAGAUCAUUUUUACAACAAUCAAGUCGCGAUCCAUCAUUAUUCAUCAUGCAUGACCUCAUGAAUCAUUUAGCUGCUUUCACAUCUGGAGAAUUUUGCUUCCGGUUGGAGGGUAAUGGCUCAAGCAACACUUCUCAAAGGACUCGCCAUUUAUCAUGCAUAGUAAAAGAACAUGACAUCUCUCAAAAGUUCGAGGCCUUUUGCAACCCUCGUUUGUUGCGCUCCUUAAUAUUAUCGAAAGAUAAAUCAAUAUCUGCUGAGGUAAUAUGUAAACUUUUGCCGAUGCUUGAGCGCCUAAGAGUGUUGUCUAUGCCCCCCUAUAUCCUUGAGCCUUUACCAUUUCUUGAUUCAAUUGCCAAGUUGAAGCAUUUGCGAUAUCUGAAACUUUCUCAGACAGACCUUACAAAGUUACCAGAAUCUAUAUGUGGUUUGUAUAAUUUGCAAACUUUAAUCUUGAUAUGGUGUUUUAGGCUUUAUAAGUUGCCUGCUGGCAUGGGAAGGUUGAUCAACUUGCGGCAUCUUGAUAUCACAGGAACAAGACUACUUGAGAUGCCGCCACAAAUGGGCAAACUAGCAAAGCUCCGAACAUUAACUUCUUUUUCUUUGGGAAAUCAAAGUGGAUCUAGCAUUAAAGAGUUGGGGCAGCUUCAGCAUUUGUGUGGAGAACUUUGCAUUCGCAAUCUUCAAAAUGUGGUGGAUGCUCAAGAAGCUUCUGAAGCCGAUUUGAAGGGUAAGGCGGACCUUGAGAGUUUGGAGUUAUUGUGGGAGGAUGAAACUAAUAAUUCACUGCAUGAACGUGUUUUAGAUCAAUUACAGCCUCAUGUCAAUUUGAAGAUUCUCCGCUUAGAAGGGUAUGGGGGUACAAGAUUUCCGGUUUGGAUUGGAGGCUCUAAUCCUCCCUCAAAUUUACGAGAGCUUGAUUUGCACAGGUGCUUGAAUUUGGAAUCCUUCCCUGAGCGCAUGCAUUCCUCGCUGCCUUCCCUAGUCAAAUUGUCUCUAAGCAAUUGUCCAGAACUUCAUUCCUUUCCAAUAAGAGGCUUAAAAUUAAAAGCAUUUAGUGUUACGAAUUGCAAACUCGUCAGGAAUCGCAAGCAAUGGGAUUUGCAAUCACUCCAUUCUCUUUUAAGUUUUACAAUAGCUAUGUGCGAUGAGGUGGAAUCCUUCCCAGAGGAGAUGCUGCUCCCCUCCAGUCUUACGACUCUUGAAAUUAGGCAUCUUUCAAAUCUAAAAUCUCUGGACCACAAAGGGCUUCAACACCUCACUUCUCUUAGAGAGUUGCAGAUCUGGCACUGCCCCAAUCUCCAGUCUUUGCCAGAAGAGGGACUUCCCUCCUCUCUUUCUUCUCUAUUUAUCUUCAAGUGUAAUUUGCUGAAAGAAAGGUGCAAAAGACCUAAUGGGGAGGAUUGGCUCAAGGUUUCUCACAUCCCAUACUUGUAUAUAUCUUGAUUAGUCCUUGAUUCAUCCAUUAUUAUAAGGUACCACGAAUCCUUAUUUCUUUACUUUGUAAGUUACAAAUCACAAUUUGACAGAAAGAUUUGUAUAUUGUACUCCAACUUUAAUAAAUAAACUCCAAGCAGGCUUCGUCAGCUGUGGCCGAAGAUAGAUUGAUAGUUUGCUAGCUUCUCUCGGAGGA